UCUCCGCUCCAAAAAAGAAUUUCGAAGCAAACGUUCAACAGACCAGACCCCAGACUCAACAACACAACCGAAGCAGCUCUGCUCACCUCUCCAACAAACCGUUAGCCACCAAUUUUAUCGCGUGCGGUGACGAGGAAUAAUGGCGACGUUCGAGCUCUACCGGAGGUCGACGAUCGGAAUGUGCCUGACGGAGACUUUGGACGAGAUGGUUCAGAGCGGCACUCUCAGUCCCGAGCUCGCCAUCCAGGUUCUCGUUCAGUUCGACAAGUCUAUGACGGAAGCUCUGGAAUCCCAAGUGAAGAGCAAGGUCACCAUCAAGGGACAUUUGCACACCUACAGAUUCUGCGACAACGUUUGGACUUUCAUCUUGCAGGAUGCUCUGUUUAAGAAUGAGGAUACUCAGGAAAAUGUGGGUCGGGUGAAAAUCGUGGCAUGCGAUUCAAAGCUGCUCACACAAUAGGGUGUUGACCAUUGGAGAGAGAACGCUAAAUAAGUCUUAUAUUCUGUUGGUAUGGUAGUACUGAAGAGGGUAAGGAAGAACAUGAGAAAACAACAAAAAGUCUCCAUUUACUUGCAGGAACUGGCGACUUUGCGAGAGAUUGAGCUUGAAAUUCCGCCCUUUUUACCUUGACACGGCUAUAUUUGUUUAUGUGAUAUUGAUGAUGUUGUGUGAUUUAUUUAAUGAAUAUUGCUAGGUUUCAUUCAGUUUGCUUUUGAGAUUGAGAAGACAACAGUUCGCAGACCAAAUUGUAAUAUGAGGUGUAUACUUUGUACUCUGAAUGAUGCUAACUGGCAAACUGCGCUGACGAGAAUGAAAUCUGCUGCUGUUUCUUGAGAAA